CCUGCCCAGGAUGACGAUGUCCUGAGGGAACGCGAAACAUACAAAUACUACCAACCCUUGCAAGACCUCCUCCAGGGCAGCCAACCAACCUCCGCUUCUACUGCUCCUCCGUCGCAACCAGACCGCGCCUUGACAGCCUUUGCCCAACUCGCUGCCUUUCGCCUUGGGGCCCGUAGAACCUUUGUGUCCUUGAUCGAUCGCAAAUACCAGUUACGAAACCUCCGCUGCCGCCAAUUGACCCUCACGCUGACCCUGAUCAAGNNAUACGUUCUCGCCGAGGCUACCAAGACCCUCUCCCUCGAGAAGAAUACUGUCGACGAUGACAAGGAUAACCUUUGGGUUGGUGCGACUGCCUUUGAGAGACGAGCAACCCCAUGCGAGUACGCUGCGGGCUUGCUCGUUGCACCAGAUCUGCUCGUCGCAGAGGACAAGGGAGAUGUCAUCGUCUUUCCAGAUCUCUCCGAGCACAUUCUGUUCAAGGACCACGCUUUGGUCACAGAAAUUCCUCACGUGCCUAUCAUCUCACCAAAUGGCCACAACAUUGGAGUCUUUUGUGUUCUGGACGACAAACCCAGAGAAGAUGGUCUGAGCACGACUGAGGUUGAAUUCAUGAAAGACAUGGCUGUGACCAUCAUGAACCAUCUUGCGCUCAAUCGUUCUCAAAACAUGGUACACGGGUUAGGACAAUUUGUCGAUGGCAAAGCCAGUAUAAAAGAUUGGUGGAUAGGCCUCCAUCAAGCUGAACCUGACCGUCCUCGAUCUAGAGCUGGAUUGGAACGUAAUGGCCGUGCCGAAACCAGGUCUCUAAAUUCUUCUUCCAGACAUCUACGGGUAUCUCCCACGCGAACGCGCUCGCCUGAUGUGAGCCCAGCGCCCACCUUUACACCGGGGCAGCAACAUGAUGCACUUGGCGCCCCAAUGUUCUCCCCGUCCCCCGUACCAUCGCUGGGAACACAACAACCCUCGGAAGAAGCGUCAGUCGCCAACAGAUUGCAAGAAGAUUCCAUCUCUCCUGAUAUCAAAUCGACUUUCCAGCGAGCUGCCGAGAUCAUCAGAGAAUCUGUCGAUGUCGAUGGCGCCAUUUUUCUGGACGCCUCAAUUGGCUCAUUUGCUGGACUAGUUGAUGGGACCCAAACACAACAAGGCUCAAUGACCCAGUCUUCCGCUGAUAUGUCUUCAUACUCGGCUAGGACCAGCGAGAGCACUUAUCUCAAUGACGAGAAACAGUGUAUUGUUCUAGGCAGCUCACUGGCUACAACCGCUAAACGCAGGUCCUCCCAUAUGGCACCGGUCUUGCCGCUAUCUGUCAGUGAGAGAUUCCUUCANAAACUGCUUUCCAAAUAUCCCAGAGGAAAGAUAUGGAGCUAUGACGAUGAGGACACCUCUGAAAGCCUCGUCGACUCUCCGAGGACUGCCGAUUUUGUGAAUCGCAGAGGUGAGCGCUGGAGGGAGAGAAGAAUUCUCCGAACGCUCUUUCCUGGCGCGCGCAGUCUGGCUCUUGUUGGUAUGUGGGAUCCACAUCGCAGCAGAUGGUUUGCAGGAAGCAUACUCUGGACCUGCAAUCCGACACGUAUCUUGUCGACUGACAGCGAACUUAAUUACAUGACCGCGUUUGGGCAAUCAGUCAUGUCGGAGAUUGCCAGAAUUGAUGUUAAGAUGGCAGACAGGGCUAAAGCGACGUUCAUCAGCUCAAUAUCACAUGAGUUAAGAACUCCUUUACAUGGAAUAAUGGGCAGUUCCGAAUGUCUUCAGGGUACGCCUUUAGACACUUUCCAGUCCAGCUUGAUCAACACCAUCGAGACUUGCGGCAAAACAUUGCUCGAUACCUUCGAUAACCUGCUGUCCUACGCAAAGAUCAACAAUCUCAGUAACACGAACUAUCGCAGACCGUCUGUUUCUUCGACACGAAACGGAGCUGAUACGGCCCUAAGCCCUGUGGAUCUCAGUAUCUUGGUAGAAGAAGUCGUUGAUACGGCUUUUGCAGGACACGAAUUUGUCCGUGUCACGCCAUUGAAGACCGGGAUGACCACCCAUGGAGUCGUGCCUGCGCACUUGACUACAGCGCACCCCGCGAAGGGUCUCGAAGCCAUCACUGUUCGCCUCGAAUACGACACAACUUCGGAUUGGGUAUUCGAGGCCCAGGCUGGUGGUUGGAUCCGCAUCAUCCUGAAUCUUGUCGGAAACAGCCUCAAGUAUACGGAAAGAGGCAAUGUGACGGUGCGACUGCAUUCCAAUUCGUUGCCAAGUCCUUUGUCUAAAGAAGACGUCGAAGUCGUUCUGACGGUGACCGAUACUGGAAAAGGCAUGUCAGAAGACUUCCUCUCACAAAGUGUCUUCUCUCCCUUCGUGCAAGAGGAUCCCCUAUCGCCUGGUACCGGACUAGGCCUCAGUAUCGUCAAGCAAAUUGUUACCGGAAUGGGCGGCAAAAUAAGUGUGGAAAGCAAACAGGGAGAAGGAACCAAGUUCUCUGUUGCGGUGCGCAUGACACGCGUCGACUCUCCUGCAGAAUCAGACAGAUCUUCUGCAAUAUCUGAUGUUGCUGGUAUGCUACGAGGCAAGCGUCUGAACAUGAUUGUUCCAGACGACGAGCAUGACGAGAUACAAUUUGCAGACCUCUGCAGUAAAUGGUUCGGCGUGCCUAUUCGAUGCACUUCUGAACCAGAGGAGGCUGAUAUAUAUGUCGUCUUGAGGAAGCACACAAACGCACUGGUCAAGCAACUUGCGUUCAAACCUGCAAGCGCUAACCCUAUUGGUUCAAAGCCUGUGGUUGUGUUGUGUAAGGAUCUUGCUUCUGCAAAUGCCCUUCAAUCAUCCAAGUCUAUGGCUGCCACAAGCUCUCAUAUGGAGUACAUGGCACAGCCUCUGGCUCCAAACAAGAUUGCUAAGACACUGAUUCAAUGCUUGGAGCGUCCAAGAUGCUCUACACCGAAUUCUCCAGCGACGCCCUCGCUACCACUUUCUCGGGCCACAAGCAUCUCAUCUCAGCGCCCACGAGAUCGCCGAGCCGGCUCGAAUAUCUCACAAAACAGCACAAAUUCCAAUCCUGAGGUGGUACUUUACACCCCAAUGGAGGAAAAGACACAGGAAAUGCUUAUGGCCAAGGUCCGACAAAGUGUCGAAGCCAAUCGCCAAGCUGAUGCAAUUGAAGCUCAAAAGCAGGCACUGAUGCCCAGUGUUGCUGCUCCUGUCGCGGGUGUGUCGGUCUUGCUCGUUGAUGAUAACAACAUCAAUCUAAAUCUGUUGGCCACCUUCAUGAGGNNGAAACAACGACAUGCGUACGACACUGCCACCAAUGGUCUUGAGGCUCUACAAGCAUACCAAGCGCAUAUUGAUCCCACACGCCUUCCCGAAGGUAGCGAGGAUUCACAUCUCUUGCAAAAACAGCCUCAAUUGACAGCACAGUCAUUCGAUUUCGUCCUCAUGGACGUCAAUAUGCCUGAGAUGGACCGGUCGAAAGGAUUACGUCCUGCGGUCAUUGUGGCACUCACUGGCAUGGCCUCCGCAAGCGUACAACAGGAAGCAUUCGCUAGUGGUGUUGAUCUCUUCUUGACCAAACCUGUGCGACUAAAAGAGCUCACAAAAAUCUUUGAAGAACAUCCGAAAUAG